CCUGCUAGAAGUACCUAAGAUGCUUUGCUUUGCUGUUUGACUUGUGAGAAGAGCAGUGUGGUAAUCACUUUUCAGGUGAAUAUGAUAGGUUGACAUGAUAAACCUGUAUGAUGUGAGUAUAAAGUAAACACAGAGGACGCGCAAUCAUGUGAAUGACUUAGUUUAUUAUGGGCUGCGGUGGAAGUGCGGACAACGGCCGAAAUGAGAUUGUCAACUAUCGUCGACCCAAGAUCAGCAUUCGUGUUGGCGUGAGUGUGGAAAAUCCAGAUUCUAUCAAACCAAAAAUUGUCUUCAUAUUCGGUGGACCAGGUUCUCGUAAGGGACGGAUAAUUGAUGACUUGGUUGCCAUGUAUGGCUUUACUCUUCUGAGCAUCGAAGAACUCGUACUGCAGCAACUACCGAAAAAUAUUGAAAACUCACACACCACCCAUAAGAUCGACACUACCAUCGCAAUACAGAAAAUGUUGCGGGAGGAUCCAACAAAGCUGACCCUCGACUGGGGGCUGAGGCUGGUUGAGAACUGCAUAAGUGCAGGAUCACCUGACUCCCACUACCUUGUAGAUGCCAUGCCAAACCUCAGGUUUCUCCUCAUUGAGGACUUCUUUCUGAAAGACUGCAGCGAAGAGAUGCAGCGGUUUGAAGAGAGGUUUGAUACUCAGACUACUUCGUGCCGUUCAAGACAGAAUGUCCACUUCAUGCUCCCGACCUAAAGACAGAAGUUCCGUGAAACCCCAUGAUGUCUUACCUCGUUAUAUUAUGGCCUGUGGUUCCUUGUAAUUUUUAGAUAAAGCGGAUGCUCUCUAACAGUGUGAAUAGGGCCAGGUGUGCACCUGUUGCAAUCGCAUAUGUUAACGGGAUACAAGUCCCUAACCUUGCAUAUUUUCAAAUAGGUUUAAAUUACGCUACAUGAAAAAUUUCACUGUUUAAUAUUUAUUAAAAACAUUUUUGUUAAUGUUUUGAAACUAACGGCUGUAUAGUUGCUUAAAACGACGGUGGCGCCACUACUAGUCCGUCUGCUUUCAAAAGUUGCACAUCACAAAUUUUUGACUAAAGGCCGAGGGUGUUUCUUAUUUAUUAAUUUAAGAGAAGAAGGAUUGCGAUAUCUUAUAAACAACUUUCAUAUUCAGUUAUAAUAUGGACGAGUUUGUCCUAAAAUAAACAUCGUUCGGUCAAAUAGUAGUUAUGUAUAAAUGUAAUACUACUUUUGUGAGUAGCCCUCGCCCUGCAACGGCCGGCAGCAAAAUCGCAGGGUGUCGUGUCAGCGGCCAAAAAUAAGAUUUUGAAACUCACUGUCGUUUUAUGACAAAUGUGAAUGCAUGAUUAUAAAAUUAAUAUUUGUAGGUAUAUACUAUUAUUUAUGCACUUACUGGUACAAUAAUAUACUCUAAAAUUCUAGGUAGUUGUAUCCCUUUGCGUACGUACAUGGGCAAUUAAUUCCAGUCUUCCAGCAUAUGCUCACGAUCAACUGGCUUCCCAGCUUCGAUUGAUUUAUAUAAAACGUACCUGCGUUAUAACCACAGGAGCUUAAGGUGGUUGAAUUGCAGCCUGGCUAUUUUUGUGUGUAAAUAAAUGACAAUUUUUUCUGGUUGCGAAAAAUAACGCAUUGUAUUUGGUGUAGAGGAUGUCACGCUCCGUGAAACAAAAUCCUAUAAUGACGGUGGGAACUUCAUUAUUAAAGUAAAUGGGCAACUGCAAUGUAUGACAAAAGAAAGUUUGAACCAGUCAUAUUGGGAUUACUACGAGAUAUGACGGCCACCAAUGUGUGAUUUUUCACGAACUAUGCUUACCAGGAAAGGAAAGGAAAAACGGCAAGCUGUAAAUAGUGAAGUACGUUCCAAACUUCCAGGCCAUGUUUUAUUGCCAUGUCACAUUUAACAUUUAAACUGAAUUAUUUAGAAGCUAAGGUAACUACGCUUCUGUGAGUAUUCAAGCGUUCAAACGCACCAUUUCAAGUCUAUUUUUGUCAUUUGUACUAGUAAGGACCAUCAAAACAUCAGACGACUUCAAAUUAUGUUCCUUUAGUUCACAUGCUUCGUAUAGUGGUAGUGCUGGGGGCCGUACGUGGUUGUGGUACUAAUAGUACCUAGGAACAGCAGCAGCACAUUUGUAUGUAGUGCUGUAUCACCGAAUGGCUUUAGAUAACAAUUACAUUGGUCGCUAUUUGUUUACAUCGCACACGUCCGGCUUCAAUUUCGUGGUAUAAUUGCAUAUGUUAUGAUGCUAUAUCCCAUUUCUCGAGCAUCAACUAAAUAUCGACCGUCUCAUGUGUACCACCAUGUUUUAUAAGUGAACUAUUUUAGCACCAAGAUAUAUAUAUAUAUAUAUAUAUAUAUAUAUAUUAUAUAUAUAUAUUUGGCAGAUCUAUGUAGUUUGUAAUUGCACUGAAUUUGAAUGUUGAUUUAAAGUGUACUUCAAGUUCAGUAUUUUCUAUAGUAUAUGACAGUGCUUGACACACAUCUUAGUCAUCUAGCAACUUGAUACCACUUAUCUAGCAACUUGAUACCAAGAUAUAAAAGAGAAAACUCGCGUGUAUUUAUGCAUUUCAUUUAUUUAACAUGAAUAGCAUUCAAUAUCAGAAAAUAAAUAGCAGGAAUAAAUACACACUAUUUUAACGAUUUCACAUCAAAUGUUCGUAUUUACAAGUAUGGCAUCUGUAGGUCGCUUGAUCAUGGGAGUUAAUGGUGCUAGUCGUGUCUAUAAGUAUGACAAUAAAUAUAACACUUUAAUCACAGUGAA